AUGGGAAACCGCAUGCCCAGAUCCCACCCGAUUCUCUCUCUCUCUCUCUAUCUAUCUACAAGUAUCUUGGGAAUUCAAUUGGGUUCCUGCAUCCUGCUGAAGGCGUGGGAGUACAGAGAGAAGGGUGGGAGGGCGUCUACCGUCUCAUUAAUCAGGAGGAGAGGCCGUGGUCCCACAUUUUCUAGCCAACAUGGCUCUAGGUCAAGCUGGACAUAUUGCCAUUUCAAUGGCAUUAGUUGGCAGUAUUGCAUUCAUACUUGGAGUAAUUGCUGAAAACAAGAAGCCAAGUGCAGGAGAAAUAAUCACAUUAAAGGAUGCUGUGAUAUGCAAGUUUCCCAAUGAUCCUACGGUUGCUUUAGGGAGCUUGUCAUUUGUCUUCCUGUUGUUCUCAACUGCUUGUGGUUUAGCAGCUGUCUUCUUCCCUUACAAAGGGAAAUCAAUUCCAGCAGAGGGCUUGUUCAGAAGCACAAGUCUGGCCGUUUUCUUUGCAAUUGCAACGCUCGUUUCUGUCCUUGCUGGGAUUCUUAUGUUGUGGGCUACAACCUCUGAGAGCCUUCAUAUUAAGCAUAAAUUCCACAAGGACUUGAACUAUGCAUGCCCAACCGCUAAGACUGGACUUUUUGGUGGCGCUGCAUUUCUGGCUCUUGAUUCAACUCUCCUUUGGUUGGUCUGUCAGAUGUUGACACUGAACUCCAGAGCAGACUACGAAGAAGAGGAAGACUCCAGCGGCGACUAUGGCCAAGUUCUGACAACAGAUCUGCCAAUAGAGACCGGGCACCAAUUUCCAAAGGCUUAGGUUGUUGGACAUGAAGUUUGUUCAUUGGGUAGUAGUUACCGUGGUAGAUGUGUCGAUAGUUAUGGGAAUUUGAAAAAAAUAUUGUUAUUGAAUGAUAUUUCUGCCUGAAUGGUCCUUGUUUCUUUGUUUCCCAAAUUUCCAACAUCAUCUAGGUUCUUAAUAUACUCUCACGUAUCAGUUUGUCCAUUUACUGCCUUAUGAAUGUGAAUAACUUUCUCUC